ACUUCCCCCCGUUUGGUUGUAAUGGUACAGCCUGAACCUUGGCGAAGUGCGCGCAGGAGGGUUGUUGGGGAAGAGUCCAUUCCGCUUGCGGGGGUGUUCCUGACGUGAGAAUGGAAGGCGAGGGCCUUGGUGAACAAUAUUACAAGGAUGCAAUGGAGCAGUGCCAUAAUUACAAUGCCCGGCUGUGUGCCGAGAGGAGUGUUCGAUUACCAUUCCUGGAUUCACAGACUGGGGUGGCGCAGAGUAACUGCUACAUUUGGAUGGAGAAGCGGCACAGGGGACCAGGUUUGGCAUCUGGCCAGCUCUAUUCCUACCCGGCUCGGCGCUGGAGGAAAAAACGCCGUGCUCACCCUCCAGAGGAUCCAAGACUUUCUUUCCCUACCAUUAAACCAGACACUGAGCAGGCCCUGAAGAAAGAAGGCUUAAUCUCUCAGGAUGGCAGCAGUUUGGAGGCCCUCUUAAGGACAGACCCUCUUGAGAAACGCAGCUUGCCUGACCCUCGCACCGAUGAAGACAGCCUCAGCGAGUUCCCCGUUGCCAAUAGCCGCACCCGGAAGCGGAUCCUGGAACCUGAUGAUUUCUUAGAUGAUCUGGAUGAUGAGGAUUACGAGGAAGACACACCAAAACGACGAGGCAAAGGCAAGGCCAAGGGUAAAGGAGUUGGGAGUGCUCGGAAAAAGCUGGAUGCCGCCAUUUUGGAAGACAGAGACAAACCUUAUGCAUGUGACAAUAGUUACAAACAAAAGCAUACCUCGAAACCUCCUGAACGAGUCUGUGGGAAACGCUACAAGAAUCGUCCUGGCCUGAGCUACCACUAUGCUCACUGUCAUCUGGCGGAAGAAGAAGGGGAGGACAAGGAAGACUCGCAGCCCCCCACACCCGUCUCACAGAGAUCAGAGGAGCAGAAAACCAAGAAAGGCCCCGAUGGCCUGGCCUUGCCCAAUAAUUACUGCGACUUUUGUCUGGGAGACUCUAAGAUCAACAAGAAGACAGGGCAACCUGAAGAGCUGGUUUCAUGCUCAGACUGCGGGCGAUCAGGGCACCCCUCUUGCCUGCAGUUCACCCCAGUCAUGAUGGCCGCGGUGAAGACCUACCGCUGGCAGUGUAUCGAAUGCAAGUGCUGUAACAUCUGUGGCACCUCUGAGAACGAUGACCAGCUGCUGUUCUGUGACGAUUGUGACCGUGGUUAUCAUAUGUACUGCCUCACCCCACCUAUGUCAGAACCUCCUGAAGGGAGCUGGAGCUGUCACCUUUGCCUGGACUUGCUGAAGGAGAAAGCCUCGAUCUUCCAGAACCAGAACGCCUCCUGAUUGCUUUUCAGUCUUGGAAGAGAACCUUCACUUGUCCACUCUUUCUCUUGGGUUUAGUCUUUCCUCUGUUUUUGGUCAGUGUCUCCCUUAUGGGUUGGAUCAUACGUACACACACACACACACACACACACACACACACACCCCUGCCCCACUGCCUCUCCUUCUGUCAUUCCCCCCUCCUCCCCAUGGCAGUUUGAGCUUAGGAUCCCUUCCCUCCCCCGAACCCUCACCUUGGGAGUAAGAACUUCAUGGCCCUUUUCUCAAGAAACCCAGCAUCCGUGGCUGGCUGAGGAGCACCAAGUGGAGGGGACCAUGUCCGUAGCCUUGAUAGACCCAGGGAAAAAAUCCUGGGAUUAAGCCAGCCAUGAUCUGGCAACAUUGGCUUGGGAGCACGGAUGUCCUUCUUGUCUCACUAACGUGCUUUUGGACUGACACCCCAUCCCCCCAGCUUGAGGCUUCUGCCUGUACGAGCAGGACCAAAAGAAGAAAAGAAAGAAAAGAUUAUUGAGUACUCUUUACUCAUUUUUCCAUCUGCUUCCCUUUGUUCAGCACCAUCCCAGUGGCCUGGGAACCCCGAAGCUUCUAAACUCCACCUGUUCCUUCAUCCCCAUAAGAAAGUCUUUUUGUCCCUAACAUGGUUCAAAAGCGGCACUACAGCGGCCUCUGAGAGAUUCUCGGGUGGCAUGGAAACCCAGUCAUGGGCGUCAUCCAGCAACCAAGGCUUGGCACAGGCAAGCGCGAUAGCAAAGUAACUCGGUUUAACUCAUUCAAAACGAUCAUCUCAGAUUUGCUAAAUCAGGGCUGGGUCUUGGGUGAGUUGAGAAAAUCCUGCUUGCUUUAGAUCAGGUGAAGAGAGUGUGUCCAUUUAGACAUUAAAUGCAGGUAAACCUACAUUUACCAAGUUCCCAAAAUAUGGGCCUGGGUAACAAUUCCAUAUGCCUAGAUCCACGUGGUGGUGGAUUUCAGAAUCCUUUCUUCCUUUGGAAGUCCAUUUGUGUGUGUGUGUGUCUGUGAGCAUUUAAAAUUAUAUCAGGCUUUUUUAAAAAAAACACAUUGGCAUUAAUCACUUCCUCCAUCUGGGGAGUCUGCAGGGCUGUGCAAGUUGUAUGGGGGACCUCAAGGGUGGUUCAUGGUUUUUGGAAAAGGAGCUCAGGGUUACGCAUCUUCUUGGUGGAUGCUGGCUCCAAGCCUGGGCUUGCUGAAACAAGCUGCUUUUCUUUGUCUGAAACUUCCUUGGGUCUCCACCCCUCGUGUGUGCACACGCCAGAGACAAGGCAUAGAGUGAGCUAGGUCUCUUCCAUAUGCUUUUUCUUCAACUUUGCUGCUUGCUUAUGAGAGCGCAGUGGGACCCGGGGAGCUGAAUUUCUCUUGCAGGAACAAAGCCGACUUUUUCCACUUGGGUUAUCCUCCUCCCCUUUGCCCCCAAUUUGAGGAUUUGGUCUUGCUAAUAAGUGAUGCUUUAAAAAAACAAAAAAACCUUUCUGAAUUCCCACUCCUUUUUCUCCCCACCCCUUCCCUCCCCCCAGUGGCAAAGUUUUCUGCAAUAUCCAGAUUGCAGAAGGAGAGGCAUUUCUCUGGAAUAGGGUUUUUGUGUAAUAUUAUACUUGUAAUGUGCCUGAUUUUUCUAAGAUUGUCUUUGAAACCUACCUCCAACAUCCCCCUUCACGCAUCCUUCCAUGUCCUCUUCAAACACGUCUGCCGUUCCUCUGCCUGAGUCUCCUGGUCUUUGCAGAGACUCGGGACUGCCAAAGUGAGAGGGGUCUGCUCCCUCACCGGGUUGGGGGUGACAAUCCAGUCUGCGCAUGAGUGCUGGAAUUUGUUGACUUGCUGCAAGGCUGAACUUUGCCAAGGGUGGUGUCCUUUCCUUUGACACUCCCCACCCUGCUUGGCAGGAGAGGUCAACCUUUUUAACUCGGUCCUCAGACUUUUUUCACUGUGCUGCCGGGGGUGAUGGGCAUUGGAGCCCAGCACGCUGGGAGGGUACCCAGUGGAGGGAAUGAUGGAGGUGGCCCUUAGCGGUGGCCCGAGGAGAGCUAGGAGCAAAGUGACCACUGGCAGCCAAGAGGAAGCUUUGAUCCAACCACCUUUACUGCCCGGGCAGUCCUUCAAGUGGACUUGAGGCUUGAAAGGCUAAGAGGUGUCUGAAAGGUCUUGCGAACUCAGGAGGCCUCCAAGUUAUGUGUAGGGGAGAGACAACUAUCAUUUGUGUACUUCCUUGGCUCUGGAGUCCCUCAGCUGUAGUCUUUUUUUUUAAAAAAAACACUUGAUUUCUCUCCCCAUACCCAUGGGGGAUUGGGGGCCCUCAGGUCGACUGGCUGUCAGGCCUCGUGCACCCAACGAAGGGAGGCAGUUGCAGAAAUGUUCCCUGGGGGGGAGGUUGCUUGUCUCAGCUCCAGCCAGGGGUGUUAUGUCCUCAUUCGAAGCAUCACACCUGUGUCUUAAAAAAGAAAAAUUGCUACCCAAAUAAAAAAACCAAAAUGGCUUCUUUGAACCUGUUUUAUGGUAGCCUGGCUGUCUGGGCUGGGGGAUAGUUUGAAAAUCUGUUCAGUCCUGCGACAUUGUGGGAGUUCCACGCUCAGGUUAGUUCUGUCGGUUUGCAGGGGGGUGGGGGUGGGAGGGACAGGCUGUAAUACCUCACUUUUUUCUCUCCUUGUGACGCCCACAAGUAGUUGUGCAGCUUCGCACCUCCUCUGCACUGUGUCCGAAUUUUCCCCCCACUAGUACCUAACAGCCUGUUCUCCGUUGAGUUGGUAGCUUGGUUGCGCCUUUCCAAGUAAUUGGUUUGUACGCCCUUUUAUUGCAUAGGUUUGAAAUUUGGGCUUUCUUUCCAAAGCAAAUACUGAGACUUUUCAUACCCCCCAAACCCAUCUUUUUAUUGCAGUUGAAGCUGAAAUAUAUUUUGACUCCCUCCAAUUUUAUUUUAAGGCUGUAACAAGCAUUAGCUAAUAAAUAUUGCUUUUACACAGAA